GCUCCAGGAAUGCCAUCAUCACAUCCAGACAGCUCAAAGGGGCUCUGGCUGGAGAGCUGGCUGGCUGGAUGGAUGGCAUGUGCGCGGGAUGUUAUAUUUCACACUCCACACUUUGAACAACAAAGCUGGACAAGACGGUAAAGAGCGAAAACCAGGUCAGAGUUGAGUUUUGGCUCCUUUCGAAGCCAUAGUGCUGUUUUGUUGUUGUUGUUGCGGGGGAUACAAAGGUUCCCAGGGUUUCUUUUCAUUUGUCUCGCUAAGGAGAAAUUUGUCUUGGAGUAAAAAGGGACAGCUGGCGACAUAAAGACAACCAAUCAAACAUCACCGUCACAUAAAUAUUAUCAUACAUAUUUAUUCAUCCUCGUGAAUCCAUAUCACUAUUAUAGAAGGCAAGAUGUUGUUGACAUCAUCGGCGCUGUUGCUCCUGGUCCUUGCGUCUGUGCGCGCUGACUGGUGCAAGGGGGCUCACUGCGCGGGUUCUAGCACCGGAGACCCGCGACCGUGCACCGGCGACCACUGUCCCUCAGGCAGGUUGAACAGACAUUCCCGUCACGCCCCCUCCAUGGGAUCUCCCCGUCUGAGAAGCACCACCGCAGAAGGCGUCCCUUUGUGCACCGACGGCGACUGCGCAAGGGUGCCCGAGACAAGAAACCAAACGCGGAACUGCAAAGGGUUAGAGUGCAGAUUCCCUUUGCGGAUCAACAGAUCCAAAGGGCGUCCCAGGGACACCGGGGAGAGCUCCCCGCCGUCCGCUGGAGCCGAGCAGCUCCCUCUGGUUCAUCUGGCUGACCGGGCUGCGCAGUUCCUGGGGGACUUCCCCGAGUUUGGCUCCCCGUCUUCAGAACUCGGUGGUGCACCCCUGGGCCUCCAGCUCACCUGUGAUGUCAAACCAGGAGAAAAUGAAGUCCCUUCAGAGGACGCCCUGAUCCUCCACCUCCAGCUGGCCAAGGGUCAGGAGAAGCUGGUGGAGGCUCUGCGGGCGCAGCAAGUGCUCAUCAGCGAGCUGCAACAGAAGCUGGUCGACCAGCAGGAGGCACUCCUGUCGCAACAACGCGACAUCUUGACACAACACCAUCGUAUGUACGACCAGAUGGACACAGUCAAGGUCCAGUAUGGCCUCCUUGUGGACGUGCUCAAGCAGGCGUCCUUCCAGGGUCUGCAGGAGGAACUGCAGAGCUACUUCCAGAGCCACCUCUCGGGCCUCCAAAAUCAGGCCCGCAGCCAUCUGCACAACGGCGUCCAUAAGAUGGACACCGACACGAAGGUGAUGGACGUAGUCGGCGAAGCUAAUUUGCCACAGCUGCUGAUGGGGGGGUGCCCCUCUGUCUGCCAGUCGGACCACUACUGCGACUUCCAGAGUGAUCCGCCACAGUGCCACAAGUGCACCAUGUGUCCACCGGGAUUUUUCCUCAUUUCACAGUGCUCACCCACCAUGGACACCAUGUGCCAGGAUCGAGAUGAAUGUUUUGAGCUAGCAAACAUCUGCGGGGAGCGUGUCAAGUGUCUGAACACUCCAGGAGGCUUCCGGUGUCUGGGUGUGUCUCAGAGAGAAGCAGAGACGGGCUUGUGCGGCCACGACUACUUCUACAACCAAGAGCUCCAGGAGUGUCAGGCCUGUUCCGACUGCGAAGGCGAUCCUGUGGCCGUCCCUUGCACGACACUCACCGACUCUGUCUGUGGGUCUGCCUCGGGGGCUCGUCUCUCCUCCUCCUGGAGCGCCAGCGUCACUGUCCCCUCUUGCGGGAACUCUGGAAGUCAGAUCUUCACUGGGCUUCAGCUGAGCCUGCGAAGCAAGGAGCGCAGUGAUCUUGUGUCCAGCAAUGGCGGCGUGAUGACAAUACUGCAGCACGGGCUGCUGUGGCUGGACCACAACUUUGCCAUGAAGCACAGCUGCAGGAACUUCCUUCAGCUGGGCUUGAGGUUCAACGCCAGCCAGGAAGAGGAAGGUCGGGAAGUCAGUGGGGUGCGUGUGGAGCAGCCUGAAGGCAAGUACUUCCAGGGUGUGAGCAUCAGCGCCGGGGUGGAGGUGGAGCCUAGCGACACCCUGAGUCUUCUUCUGAGGAGCCCCAACCAGCACUGCAACCGGAGCAAAGACCUCCACGUCUAUGACAUAUCGGCGCCUACGUUCAGCUUGCUCUGGUUGUCGCAUGACACGGGUGCCGUGGCCAUGACCGCCGAGAUGUCGCUGCUAGCGCACUAUCAGUCCAGCUACCGCCCGACAUUUCGUGUGCGCUCAUUGUCAGACCCUUACAUGAUAGGUUUGACGCACGACAAUCGCGGUGUGCGCUUCACAGAGAGCGGUGUGGUCAAGUUUGUCCUCCAGCAGGCGCUCUACGCUAUGGGGCACACUUGCGUUCGCGAGGGCUUCUUCCUGCUCGCCUACACAAGCCGCAAUGGCACAGGUCAGGAGGUCAUGCGGGCCUUCAAGACAGGCGUGAACUACAGGGACACUUCCAUCACGCUGGCGGGCGCCGUGGCCGUGGGUGGCGGCGACACGCUCAGCUUUGAGAUAACGACACCGCCGCAGUGUAACGUCCGCUACUUUGGGGACGGCACCGGCAUCAGCAUGCUCAGCCUGGUCUGGAUCCCCUCAGCUGUCUCUUCUUCGUUGACAGCCACGGUGGCCAAGGUAGGCCUCCCUUUUGGUGCGGUCCGCAACAAGCCACUCACCUUCCAGCAGAUUUCUCCAGACUCACCGCAGAUUCGCCUGGCCGGCUCCGGCGAACCAAACAGCCGCAAGAACUUUGUGUUCCUGGAAGAUGGGACCGUUAACAUUGCCUUAAACCUGAGACUCAUCCACUCAUGUAACGUCUUGAAGGUGACCCUCCAACGGGCCGGUAGUUCGGGUCUAGGUGCGGGCAGGCUAGCUGGUCCCGUGGCUCAGCAGGUUUCGGGACACAUACUGGAGGGCAGCGAGUGGGCCAGCGUGGGCCUGAGGGCCUCCUUCCAGGUCCACAAUGGGACCAUCGUCUACAGCACCCUGGACUGCAUCCGCGGACGCAUCAACCAGAUCUCGCACGAGGGCGGCACCAACAUCUCCAUCCUUUGGGUUGCCGCGUGAACCAGGGCAGAGAUACUUUCUUUUUGCACAAGGUUGACUUACUAGUAGGAUAAAGCUGAAUUGAUCCAGGCCCUAAUAUUCCACAAAAGUUCAAUGGAAGAAACUGGACUCAUCUUGGUUUUUGAAGACACGUCACUUUUAAUCAGAAACGCUUCUUCAGUUCUCUGUAAAUCCAUUCAUGUCUCCAAGGGUUGGAAUUGGGGGUUAGAAGGAGUGGAGCUCUUUACAAGCCCUAGGCUUUGUCUCACUCCUCGCACAGUUAUUGAUAUAAUAAUAUGUGCUAAACAAUAAACUAAAAAAAAAAAAGAAAAACUAAAAAAGGGAACUCUACACCUAAGAUUUGUGGACUCAGCUCCUUCCGCUUGAAUCAUUCACCUCCCAGCCAUCCCCAGUCACCACAGGUGAACCCCAAAGCUCUGUUCUGAGGCCCCUACUUUUUAACACAUCUUUCUACUUGGCAAAAUCCUUCGUAAAUUUCUCUCUUGGCUGGCAGAUAACACCCAACUCUAUCAUUCCAGCAAACGCAAGUUAUCUCUGCCGUUCUUGUUUAGUCCAAACUGUCUCAAACUUAACCAGAUUCCUUCUGGUUAAGUUUUGUGUCCAAAUUCCAUACUUGCCAAGUUGCGGGUAUUGUCAUGUUUUUACAAUGUCCUUUUUUUUGUUUAUAAUUUACUGUGAAAGUGCUGCUUUGUUUAGUUUUCUCUGGCGUACUUUGGCUAGUUGAGCAGUGUCCAAAUUCUCUCAUUGUGUUUUGCAAGGUAUGGAAUAUGACAGGUACUCCAUAUUUUUGCUCUGAUGUAUGUUUGUAUGAUUAUUAUUGCUUAAAUGCAUGAGUAUAUACGUUUUUUGUCAACCAUCUUUUUAUUGUUUUUACGCAGGAUCCAAAACAUUGAUUUACAACAAGAGACAAAUAUGUAUUUUGUUCCUGUGGGCAUAUUGACAUUUUAUAUCUGUUGUUGAGCAACACAUUAAGGGAAUAUGCAAAUGAGCUUCAUCUACCGUAAGGAUGCCUUUGUGUGUAUUGUUUAGAGCAUCCCAUGUGUGUUUGAAAGGGCAAAAUAAAGAAGCGUUAUAUUUUUCGCACAGAGCUGUUCACGCAGUGGCUCCUCCGAAUGCUAAA